CGGCUCUUCGCCCCCCCCGGCCCGCCCACCCAUUCUGCACUCUAAAUCCUCAUCGCCUCCCAGAAACCCUAACCCUAGCCCCCACCCCAGCUCCGAUGGCGAAGCCGGUAAAUUACGACGACGAGGAGGAGGAGGUCUCUUCCUCCGGCGAGGAGGAAGAGGACCGGUCCGAUGCCGGUGGCUCCGCAACUGACGAGGGCGAAGAGGAGGAUGAGGCGCCGGCUCCGGAGGCCGAGGCUGCGGGGGAUGAAGAGGUGGAUGAGGACGAGAUCGAGGCUGUCACCACCGGCGCGGGCGCCGACGAAGAGGAUGACGGCGGUGCUGCUGCUGGCGGGGAUGAAGAAGAGGAGUCGCAGUCCACCGAGGACGACGAGGCCGCCACGGGGGAGGACGACGAGACCGAAGACCCUACUGGAAACCCAACGGUAGGUAAGCGAGAGCGAGCCAGGCUCAAAGAACUUCAGAAGUUAAAGAAGCAGAAAAUCCAGGAGAUAUUAGAGACUCAGAAUGCUGCCAUUGACGCUGACAUGAACAAUAAAGGGAAGGGGCGACUGAAGUACCUGCUGCAGCAGACAGAAAUAUUUGCACACUUUGCAAAAGGAAGCCAAUCUAAAGAGAAGAAGUCACGAGGAAGGGGGCGUCAUGCUUCAAAGAUGACGGAAGAAGAGGAAGAUGAAGAGUACCUCAAAGAAGAGGAAGACGCACUUGCUGGUUCAGGAGGAACACGCUUGCUUACGCAGCCAUCAUGUAUAAAUGGAAAAAUGCGUGACUACCAACUAGCUGGGCUUAACUGGCUAAUACGAUUGUAUGAGAACGGUAUCAAUGGGAUAUUGGCUGAUGAGAUGGGCCUUGGGAAAACUCUUCAAACUAUUUCACUGAUGGGUUAUCUGCAUGAAUUCAAAGGAAUAACUGGUCCUCACAUGGUUGUUGCGCCAAAGUCUACUCUUGGCAACUGGAUGAAGGAAAUCGCUCGGUUUUGCCCUAUUUUGCGCGCUGUGAAGUUCUUGGGAAAUCCAGAAGAGAGGAAUCAUAUAAGGGAGAAAUUACUACAGCCAGGAAAAUUUGAUGUCUGCGUGACUAGUUUCGAAAUGGCCAUCAAAGAAAAAACUGCAUUGAAACGUUUCAGUUGGCGCUACAUUAUUAUUGAUGAGGCUCACCGGAUAAAAAAUGAGAACUCUCUUCUGUCUAAAACGAUGCGGCUUUUUAGCACGAAUUAUCGUCUACUCAUCACAGGCACACCACUCCAGAAUAAUCUCCACGAGCUUUGGUCUCUACUCAACUUCUUGUUGCCUGAGAUAUUUAGUUCUGCUGAGACCUUUGAUGAAUGGUUCCAAAUUUCUGGUGAAAAUGAUCAACAGGAAGUUGUUCAGCAACUUCAUAAGGUUCUACGCCCAUUUCUUCUUCGAAGGCUAAAAUCUGAUGUUGAAAAGGGUUUACCUCCAAAAAAAGAAACUAUUCUUAAAGUUGGAAUGUCUCAGAUGCAAAAGCAGUACUAUCGUGCUCUGCUUCAGAAAGAUUUGGAGGUUGUUAAUGCCGGCGGUGAACGUAAAAGGUUGCUUAACAUAGCCAUGCAGUUGCGCAAGUGCUGCAACCAUCCAUAUUUGUUCCAAGGGGCAGAACCGGGUCCACCUUACACAACUGGCGACCAUCUUGUUGAGAAUGCAGGAAAAAUGGUUUUAUUAGAUAAAUUGCUACCCAAACUAAAGGACCGUGACUCCCGAGUGCUUAUUUUCUCUCAGAUGACCAGGCUUUUGGAUAUCUUGGAAGAUUAUCUUAUGUACAGAGGAUAUCAAUAUUGCCGAAUAGAUGGAAACACAGGUGGAGAAGAUCGUGAUGCAUCCAUCGACGCAUUUAACAAGCCAGGAAGUGAGAAGUUUGUUUUCUUGCUUUCGACCAGGGCAGGUGGCCUUGGUAUCAACCUUGCCACUGCUGAUGUUGUUGUUCUUUAUGACAGUGAUUGGAAUCCACAAGCUGAUCUCCAAGCUCAAGAUCGUGCGCAUCGGAUAGGUCAAAAGAAAGAAGUUCAGGUUUUCCGAUUUUGCACUGAGUAUACCAUUGAGGAAAAAGUGAUUGAGAGAGCAUACAAGAAGCUUGCAUUGGAUGCGUUGGUAAUUCAGCAAGGAAGACUGGCUGAGCAGAAAAGUGUCAAUAAGGAUGACUUGUUGCAAAUGGUGAGAUUUGGUGCAGAAAAGGUGUUCAGUUCUAAGGACAGCACAAUAACAGAUGAGGAUAUCGACAGAAUUAUAGCUAAAGGAGAAGAGAUAACAGCAGAACUCGACGCGAAAAUGAAGAAGUUUACAGAGGAUGCUAUUAAAUUUAAAAUGGAUGAUACUGCUGAAUUGUAUGAUUUUGAUGACGAUAAGGAGGAAAACAAACCUGAUUUCAAGAAAAUUGUUGGUGACAAUUGGAUCGAGCCACCUAGGAGAGAAAGGAAGAGGAACUACUCUGAGUCUGAGUACUUUAAGCAAGCGCUUCGCCAAGGAGCACCAGCAAAACCUAGGGAACCACGGAUUCCAAGAAUGCCACACUUGCAUGAUUUCCAGUUCUUCAACAAUCAAAGGCUAAAUGAAUUGUAUGAAAAGGAAGUCCGAUACCAAAUGCAAGCCAACCAGAAGAAAGAUACCAUUGAUGGUGAAGAUGAAGAACAGUUGGAGCCUUUGUCUGCAGAAGAGCAGGAGGAGAAGGAGCAGUUAUUAGAAGAGGGUUUUGCAUCAUGGACGAGGAGAGACUUCAACACAUUUAUUCGUGCAUGUGAGAAAUAUGGCCGCAAUGACAUAAAGAGUAUAUCUUCUGAAAUGGAAGGCAAAACUGAAGAAGAAGUUCAGCGAUAUGCUAAAGUUUUCAAGUUGAGAUACAAGGAACUGAACGACUAUGAUAGAAUUAUCAAAAACAUUGAACGUGGAGAGGCAAGGAUAAGCCGGAAGGAUGAGAUCAUGAGAGCCAUUGGAAAGAAGUUGGACCGCUAUAAGAACCCUUGGUUAGAGUUGAAAAUUCAGUAUGGCCAAAAUAAAGGGAAGUUCUACAAUGAGGAAUGUGACCGUUUUAUGUUAUGCAUGGUGCACAAACUUGGCUAUGGAAACUGGGAUGAACUUAAAUCUGCCUUUCGAAUGUCACCCUUGUUCCGAUUUGAUUGGUUCGUCAAGUCCAGAACUACCCAGGAGUUGGCUAGGCGAUGUGACACUCUUAUCCGUCUAGUUGAGAAAGAGAAUCAAGAAUAUGAUGAGCAAGAAAGGCAGGCAAGGAAAGAUAAAAGGCUGGCGAAGAACAUGACACCAACAAAGCGAGCUGCAUUAAGGGCUUCAGAUGGUGAGACAACUCCAUUGAGUUCCUCCAAGAGGCGACGGCAGUCUCUUAUGGACGAUUAUGUGGGCUCGGGAAGGCGUAAGCGUGGGUGAUCAGACGAAUGCCUCAUGGAACUUAUGAGAAUUGGAGCGGUCUUAGAAAAUGUGUUGGGCUCUCAUUUUAUUUAAAUUUCUUAGUUUAUAAUGUUGAAUGAAUCCUAGGUUAGUGUAUCGAAGUGGUAUGUACAUGUCUGGUCACUUGUCAGCCCAUACUUUUUGUUGGCCUUUUGGAGCGAUGCAAGCUCAUUCUGCUUCGGUUCCUCCCGUCCAGCUUUCAGUGCACCUUUUAUAUUUC